UAUAUUCCUCCUCCUUCUUCUCCUCCUGCUGUCCACACACCAGCUGCUGCCCUCUCCUUUUGUUUACUCCUUCUGCAGAACUAAGGUUACCAUGCCAUUAAACUUCACAUCAACUGAGAACACAUCUAAAGCAGAUAUGAGUUAUAGGAAUUCUGCAUUGUCUCCUGUUGCCUAGCAACCGCCACUUUGUCUCACACCUGAGGUCUCCGCCUGAAUCUGCCUUGUGAUUGUCAGGUGUGUGUGAAAGGACAGGUGUUCUGUAAACAUUCAAGCAUGCACCUGGUUAGUAACUUGCACAAGGGCUGUGGAGCAGGAAGUAUGACAUCAUCACUCUACUGGUGCAUUUAAUGCUCCAACGCCUUUGUCAGUGUGUAAAACACAGAGAUUAAAACAAAAUGUUCAGACAAUCAGAGCAAAACAGAAGGCGUGUGAAUGCCCAGACAUCUGCCCGCAUACGAGGGGUUGAGGUUGCUAGGGGAAGAACAGGUUAUGGCUUCACAGUUUCUGGGCAUUCUCCAUGUGUGCUGAGUUGCGUCUUGAAGGGCAGUCCAGCUGACUAUGUGGGCCUUCAUUCUGGAGAUCAUCUAAGUGUGAACGACAUAAAUGUAUGUAAAGCGUCUCACGAGGAUGUGGUCAAACUGAUUGGCCGCUGCACAGGUGUCUUACAUUUGGUCAUCGCCGAAAGCAAUCAUAACCUAGAUUCAUGUUCGAGCGAUGAAGAACUGGGUAUCCAUGAUCACAAGAGCCAUUGGAUGAGGCCAAAGAUGGACUCAAAGACAAUGGGCAUAAACCGCGCAGAACGUGUUGUUGCGGAAAUGCAGUCUGGUGGAAUCUUUAACAUGAUCUUUGAAAAUUCCAGCCACUCAUCCAGCAGCUCAGAAAAAGCAGUGGCUUGUGCAUCUGCCUCUAAAACAAGGGCCCUGUCAGAGCCUGACCUCCCUUUUGGUAACGUUAGCAUCCGAAGGAGUGACCCCAACUUGCUUACGGAAGAAGAGAUGUCCAAAGUGCUCAAUGACGACUCCGUGUUUGUGGAUAUGUUUGAACAGCAAGAUGAACUUGCUUUGCUGCAAGCAGUCGACUCUGCGGGGAUCCUCAAUGUUGGCAUGAUUGUGGGUUAUCUAGGAUCUAUUGAAUUAGCUUCAACGAGUGCCAAUUUGGAAAGUGACAGUCUGCAGGCAAUUCGUGGGUGCAUGCGACGUCUACGUGCUGAACAAAAGGUGCACUCGUUGGUCCUACUCAAAGUUAUGCAUGACUGUGUACAGCUCUGCAAUGACAGAGGUGCUGUACUAGCAACGUAUCCUGCAGAAAAGUUAGCAUUCAGUGCUGUCUGCCCAGAUGACCGCCGUUUCUUUGGCCUAGUCACCAUGCAAGCCACGAAUGACCAUGCCGUAUACAGGCGUGGUGAGGAGGAGCAAGGACUGCGAACAUCUUGUCACGUUUUUAUCGUAGACCCAGAACUGUGUCAUCACAAGAUCCAUCAAAGUGUUUCCAGACGCUUUGGCUUUGAUUGCACUCCAGACCCGGAUACUGGUGGCUGCUUGGAGUUCCCACCAACUUCUCAGCCACUGUUACAGUUUGUGUCUGUGCUGUACCGGGAUAUGGGAGAAUCUAUAGAGGGUAUGCGGGCUCGGGCUUUCCUUGAUGGUGACCUGGAUGCUCAGCAGAACAAUAGCACAAGCAGCAACAGUGACAGUGGCAUUGGCAACUUCUUGCCAGAGGAGAAGAAUAACCGAGUCCUCUUGGUUGACCUAGGUGCUAACCCUGGUCGCCAUAUGCCGACUGGAUUAUGGGAGAACCCACCAGGACCUCGUAACCCAGGUGUACUAGGAGGUCUUCCACCACACCGUAAUGGCUACCGCCCCGACCAGUUCCUUGACCAUUCUCAACCCAAUCCGCAUAGCCAUGCAGACCCACCUCCACUUUCUGGCAGGCAUCUGAACUCCUCUUCAAGGCUGGAUGUGUCAGGCCUUCCUUCACGCUCUCACUACUCCGCCCAUGGCAAGAAGGUGACAGGGGCUUCAGGCCAGCGUUGGCUGCCCGUUCACGUUCUAAGAGACUGGCGUCAGGGACACAGUAGUGAUCAGGAGUCUUAUGCGGAGUCUACAGACGGAUGGUCCAGUGCUAACUGUAGCACCCUGCCACCACCCAUGAGUAAGAUUCCGGCCGAUAGGUACCGUGCUGCAGGCGACAUUGCAGCCUCGCAGCCUCACCGGCUUCAUGCACAAAAAGAUGAGUGGGCUAAAAAACUGUUUGGGGAGAAGAACGUACGGCAGCACCAGCAACAACAGAACAAUGGCAGAAGAAGUAAAGAUUCAGAGAAAAAGGGUGGAAGGUUCAAGGGCAUCACUAUGGGCUUUCCUCAGCGUUCCUCUGGUAGACGAUCAUUUGGGCGUUCCAAGCGUAUGAGUAUGGCUCGCUCACUCGAUGACCUUGAGUCUGCGGCUGUCUCCGAUGGUGAGCUGAACAGUGUGGACCUGAAGGGCUGUGGUAGUGAUAAUAGUCUGAACAGCAAUGCCAGUCUACCCAGCAUACAGUGCCAUAGACGCCACAGCGAACGCCGGGUUGCAUCGUGGGCCGUCUGUUUCGAGCGCCUGCUGCAGGACCCUGUCGGUGUGCGAUAUUUCUCGGAGUUUCUAAAAAAGGAGUUCAGCGAGGAGAACAUUUUGUUUUGGCAAGCGUGUGAAUAUUUCAGCCAUGUGCCUGAAACCGACAAAAAACAGCUAUCCCAGAGGGCCAGGGAUAUCUACAACAGCUUUCUGUCGAGUAAGGCCACCACACCCGUCAACAUCGAUAGUCAGGCUCAACUGGCUGAUGACAUCCUCAACGCUCCAAGGCCAGACAUGUUUAAAGAGCAACAGCUACAGAUCUUCAACCUGAUGAAAUUUGAUAGUUACACUCGCUUCCUAAAGUCCUACCUGUAUCAGGAAUGUAUGCUGGCGGAGGUGGAAGGUCGCCCCCUUCCGGAUCCCUAUCACGUCCCCAGCAGCCCAACGUCCAAACACAGCACGAGCUCUGACCGAUCCAACCUCUCUACACCGAAAAAGGUGCAGGAUGACAAGAAGGGCAAACCGGGCAAAUUGCUGCAUGAAGACAGCAAAGAUGAACAGGGUGAUAAAAAGAAAAGCAUUUUCUUUUCCUGGUCCAGAAAUAGAAGUUUUGGGAAAGGAGCUAAGAAGAGGGACCUCGGAGACUACAGCUACACAGGUAGUAACGGCCGAAGGGAAUCACAAGGCUCUUUGUCGUCCGGUGCGAGUUUGGAACUCGCCACUUCUGGUUCUGGAAAAAACGAGGGUGAGGUGCAGCGUAAUUCCGUGUUGUUGUCCGAGCGUUCAACGCGUCACUGCAAUAUUAACCUUCCAGACGGCUCAUGCUGCUCGGUGCCCAUUCGGCCCGGUGUCUCCAUCAGAGAGAUACUGUUAGGAUUAUGCGAGAAGCUCAACAUCAAUCUGGCUGCUGUAGAUCUCUUCUUAGUUGGUGGAGAAAAGCCUUUAGUAUUGGAUCAGGACUGCAUGACCCUGUGCUCCAGAGACCUGCGGCUGGAGAAACGUACGCUAUUCCGUUUGGAUCUGGUGCCCAUAAAUCGUUCUGUGGGGCUGAAGGCGAAACCCACUAAGCCGGUUACAGAAGUGCUGAGGCCAGUGGUGGCCAAAUACGGCUUGAACUUAGCAGAGCUGGUGGCCAGAAUAAGUGGAGAGAAAGAGCCUCUGGAUCUUGGGCUUCCAAUAUCUAAUCUGGAUGGACUAAGGGUGGUUCUGGAAGCAGCCGACCAAAUUCCUGGAAAAGAUAAACAAAAGCUGGUCUCAUCUAAAAGUCACGGUCCACCUCUGUCUACACGAAGCCAGUCAGCCACAGGGGAGGACAAACCAGCAGCAAAGGCUUCGUCUGUGAAAACCAGGGCCCAGGUGGAAAAACGAAAACAGAAAAAGCUUAAUAUAGAUGAAGCUGAAGAGUUCUUCGAGCUCAUAUCCAAAGCACAGAGCAACAGAGCUGACGACCAGCGGGGUUUGCUGAACAAAUCUGACCUUGUCCUUCCUGAAUUCCUGCGCCUUGACACGGAAGCAGACAUCAGCAACCUCAACUCAACCCCCAUCUCCUACAAGACCCGGCCCAGAUCCAAGGAGAACGGCUCUGCCCUAAGUGCCAGCCACCAAUCGCAGAGUUUGGAUUCAGCAGUUGACGCAAAAGCGCCUAGACGAGCCCUAAUGCCUCCUAAUAGAGCCCUCGGAAACACUGCCACUCGAAAUCAACCGCCGUUUAGUUCAUCGCUCUCCCCGAUCCCUCACGUGCAAAAAGGGGGCUCGUCCGGGAUAACAGACUGGAGGAGCGAAGGGGGGGGCCAGGUGCUGGAGGAAGAAGAGAGCAGCGCGGACCUGACAUUUGUCGCCGAAGGCGACAUCACAAGCCCUAACAGCUCGCUCCUUCCUCACUCCCCUAUGCCCCUCCCUACUUCCCCAGACCGACUGCACCUCACGGGGGAAGCCUCUUACCAGGACGGCUGGGCUCGAUCAGUGAAAAACGAAAGACGUCAGAGACAGAGGACCAGUGUUUCCAAAAGUUCCCACAGGAGGGCACCCUCCGCCCCACCUCCUGCUCCUCCACCAUCAAGAGUCAGAGGAGGCAAGCGGUCCCCUCACCCCGUGCGAGGUGCUCUUGACGUGGAUGGGAUCCAGUGUGACGACACCAGAAGUCGGCACGGAGAGAACAGAGGUUCGGAGAGGGUAACCGGGAGUCAGAGAAACUGCAAAGGAAGAAUGAGAACAGGAGCUUGCAAGACCUCAGACCAAGCUGACCUGCCACCUGUGAAAAAAACUAUCGAUCCGGGAGAGAGAAGAACGAAUAAACUUUCAGUUAAAACUACAAGCAAGAAAAGUAAUCAGGGAAAGAACAAUGCUACUUUUGUUUGAUCAGAACACAAAAUAGCUAAGCAAUAAAGCUAUUAACAGCAUAAUAUAUUUAAAUACAGCAGAUAACAAAAUACACUACGAUAAGAGAUCUGCAACAUUUGGGAAAUAUUAACAUGUAAUGGGGACCUUGUUUAUUGGGGUCUAAGUUUGCUUGAACUAUUAUUUGCUCUCAUUUAUGGGGGUGCUAUUAUACCAGCCAUUAAAUUAGAACUAUGACCCGUGAGGAAGUCGAGCUGUUGGGGAUUAUUACCUACUAAUGAUCACAUCAAUGUUAGGUCUAUGUGUAAUAGUUCUCAUCAUAUGUGUAAAAGCACUCAGCAAAAUCAGUUAUUGGUCCCCGGCUUGAUAAUCCGCCCUGGAGUCUUCUGAAAUGUUAUCUUAUUGCACAAUGUUACGCAGACUUCCGGCAUUUCAAACUGUCUCUUAAAUUCACAAGCUGAAUUUUAAUGGCCAGUGUUCACUGUUGGCCACGUCUCAUUGACCUGAAGAUGUGAAGGCAUUGCUCUAUAUCAGAAAUAAUGGUGCAAUGAGAAAAGGGAGAGACGUGUGAGAGGAAAAAAUCUAUACAAAAAAAAAUGUAAUUAAGGGAAAUGCAGAAUUUUAUUUAGUAAAUGGCUUAUGUAAUGCAUUUACUGUUCCCUGUGUACUCCAACAUAGCAACAAAUGUCUCUAAUAAAUAUAGUUAAUUUUUAUCCCUCACCAGUAAUUUGAUUCUCUCAGCGUUUGUUGCCGUCAUUAGCGUUGGAGUGUAAUGAAAACUUGCUAUUGCGUAUAAAACUUUUGAAGCUUGAUAUAAAUGCAAAC